CUGCAUCUCAACGAGAAUUGUUAUACUUCACUCACUCUGACUAUACAAAUCUUCCAUCCCGCUAUAAGAAUUCCGCUCUCACUCUUCUCCGCUCCUUUUCUCUCUCUUUCCACUCAACAACUAAUUUCCUCCCCACCCCUUCAUCAUGAAGCUCUUCACGGUCCUUCUUCCCGCUGUCUUUCUCGGCUUCCAAGUAGCUGCUCUUCCCUCGCCCUCUGGUCUCGAGAACUCUCGUCCCGGAUCCCGUUGUAGUCCAACCACCGGUCUCAGCAAUGGCACCCAUACCAAUGGCACCAACCAUGCACCAGGAAAUGUUACCGACAGGGUUCCCAAUCCAGGCCUCAACCCCUCCGGUGGAAACUACCGCUCAAUGGCCUAUUUCGUGAACUGGGCUAUUUACGCCCGACACCAUAACCCCUCAGACCUCCCAGCCUCCCACCUAACCCACAUCCUAUAUGCCUUCGCUAACAUCCGCCCCGAAACCGGCGAGGUCUAUCUUUCCGACACCUACUCCGACCUAGAGAAACACUACCCAACCGACUCGUGGAACGAGCCGGGCGGUGCAACCAACAACGUCUACGGCUGCGUCAAGCAGCUAUUCCUGGUGAAGAAAAAGAAUCGACACCUCAAGGUGCUCCUCAGUAUUGGCGGGUGGACUUAUUCGAAGAAUUUUGCCGCGCCGGCGCGGACAGAGUCGGGGCGGAAGGCUUUUGCGAGCUCUGCUGUGAAACUUAUGGGGGAUUUGGGCAUGGAUGGAGUGGAUGUUGAUUGGGAGUAUCCAGAGAACGACGAGCAGGCAAACGACCUUGUGGAGCUCUUGCGUGAGACGAGGGCGGAACUAGAUCGGUACAGCGCAGCCCACGCACAAGGGAAACACUUCCUCCUCAGCGUCGCCUCUCCAGCUGGCCCAGCAAAAUACCAAGUCCUCCACCUGAAGUCCAUGGACGAGCAUCUCUCUUUCUGGAACCUCAUGGCCUACGACUACAGCGGCAGCUGGGACAAUAUAACAGGACACAGCGCAAACCUGUUUCCCUCCACCUCCAACCCGUCAUCUACGCCUUUCAACACGGACACAGCUAUAACCGCGUACAUUGCGGCCGGAAUCCCGCCCUCGAAAAUAAACCUUGGCAUGCCGCUCUAUGGCCGCGCAUUUACGGGCACAGAUGGGCCCGGCACGCCCUUUGAGAGCGUGGGGUAUGAAGGGUCCUUCGAGCCUGGGAUCUGGGAUUAUAAGGUGCUCCCGAAGGCGGGGGCGGAUGUGGUGGACGCUGAAGAUGUGGGUGCGAGCUUUAGUUAUGAUCCCGCAAAGAGAGAGGUCGUUAGUUUUGAUUCUGUGGGGGUUACUAGGAGGAAAGGUGACUAUGUGAGGGAUAAUGGGCUGGGGGGUGGGAUGUGGUGGGAAAGUAGUGGGGAUCGGAAGGUGGGUGAAGGGAGCAGUUUGAUUGAAACGCUUGUCGACACACUCGGCGGCGUGGACGGCCUCGACAAAUCCGAGAACCACCUUGACUAUCCAGCUUCGCGAUACGAGAAUUUGCGGAAGGGGUUUACGUGAGGGUUUGAAACGAAGGACAAGGUAAAAAGUUGAGAAAUUGGGCGAUACCCUACUAGCAGGAUCUAGUUGACCGUCCUUUGUUCACUCCAACAUAGCCGGACUAUACAAAUUAUUUAUCAAGAUAUCUGGCAUGCAUUCCUAACGCCCUGCUGGC